UACUGGAGACAACGGCCAUGCAAUUACACAGCGGUCUCGUUGUCUUCCUGUGUUUCGGCGGAUUCGUUCAUCCCCAGACACCUGCUGAACUGAAACGACUUCUGGACACCAUAUUUGAUGGGUACAACAAUAGGAUCCGCCCCAUUCAAAACCAGACGGAGCCGAUCCUUCUUGACAUCAGUAUGUACCUGUUCAGCAUCAACGAGGUGGACGAAGUCGAUAAAAAACUUGUGACCACCGGGUAUCUUGAGGUGAGAUGGACAGAUGGUCUCUUAAAGUGGGACCCGGAUCUCUGGAACCGUACCAUUUAUCUCACCGUGCCUCAGGAUAGUAUUUGGAAGCCAGACUUGGUUCUGAAAAAUGGUUUUACCAGAUUUGAAGAAAUGGGAGAAAGCUUUAACUAUGUUUUUUUGGCCAAUGACGGCUCCGUUAUCUGGAAACCGUACGAGGUGUUUGAAACUCGCUGUUCCAUUGACAUCACUUACUUUCCUUACGACACACAAGUAUGCAAAAUAACAUUCAUAGUCUGGACCUAUACCGUCUCAGAAGUGGACAUUGCAAGUACAUCCCAUGGGAUAGAAUUCUACGAAUACGAGGAAAAUAGUGUUUGGUCUAUAAUAACGACAGACGCUGUCCUGAAAACAUUAUCAAGUGAAUCCGAAGUUUCCUUUACCAUUACUUUACAGAGAAAGCCUCGAUAUUACAUCAUCAACAUAAUUCUACCAAUCGUCUGCCUUGGCUUUAUGGGUGUACUGGCGUUUGUGGUACCCGCAGAUGCAGGGGAGAAAAUGUCGUACUCGGUGACUGUAUUUUUAUCAUUCGCGGUAUUCCUGACCAUAAUCAGCGCUCAAUUACCGGUGAAUUCAGAAACUUCGUCUUUUCUAAGCCUGUAUCUUAUUUUUCAAAUGAUUUUAGGUGCACUUGUCCUCGUCAUGUCGUCAGUCCAAUUACGACUGCAUCACAGGAAAAGCAAUCAAAAUAUCUCCAGAUUCUUCGUUGGUGCUGUCAUGGCUGAGCGCUGUUUGAGAUGUCGUAGGAAAUGCCAUCAUUCAAGAAAAGUGCAGACAUGCUUUGUUGAAAAAUACGUUGAAAAUGAAAUGCUACAUGAAAGCGGAAUCGAGUGGCAUGACGUCACAUCCGCAAUCGAUUUCUUUUGCUUCUGGAUAUUCCUGAUCGUAAAUACAGCUGCGACCAUAACGCUUUUUUUGGUCAUUUCAAGACCUUAGUUAACUGAUAAUCUUAAUCCUCAGAAAAUCGUUCAAAUUACACUGAUGUGACGAGACCUUUUUACUUAACACCUAUUUAGAACGUGUCUUUGACAAUUACCAUGGUGUGAUGUUUAAUAACAAAUUAAGCAGCGAUUCUUGUCAUACAGAGAUCAAUUAUAAUAUGGAAAGUACAUGACUUGUAUAUUCGAUUUGCUUGAAAUAAUGUGUUGGUUUUUUUUUUUACAUGUAUUUAGAUGUAAGUUAUUAAUUUUAAAAUUCA